CGCCGCUGGAGCUCGGCUUCGGAGUCUUUCAGCUUCUGCACUUUUUCUUUGACCUUCAUCUCAAACACCUGCUCCAUCUCCAUCUCCAUCUUCUUCAUCUUGGCCACGUGCUCCCUUCUUUCUUCCUCCAUCUGGGCCAGGGGACUCUUGGUCAGCUGUCCCUUGUUCUUGUUAUUGCCUGUUAUCGACUACAUUGACAGUAAAUUUGAGGAUUAUCUGAACGCAGAAUCUCGGGUGAACAGAAGGCAGAUGCCAGACAACAGGGUGCAGUGUUGUUUAUACUUCAUUGCCCCUUCAGGACAUGGCCUCAAGCCCCUGGACAUCGAGUUUAUGAAGUGCCUGCAUGACAAGGUGAACGUUAUUCCCCUCAUUGCCAAAGCGGACACGCUGACCCCUGAAGAGUGCCAGCAGUUUAAGAAGCAGAUAAUGAAAGAAAUUCAGGAGCAUAAAAUUAAAAUAUAUGAAUUUCCAGAAACAGAUGAUGAAGAAGAAAAUAAGCUUGUUAAAAAGAUAAAGGACCGUUUACCUCUUGCUGUGGUCGGUAGCAAUACUAUCAUUGAAGUUAAUGGCAAAAGGGUCCGAGGAAGACAGUAUCCUUGGGGUGUUGCUGAAGUUGAAAAUGGGGAUCAUUGUCAUUUCACAAUUCUCAGAAACAUGUUGAUAAGAACUCACAUGCAGGACCUGAAGGACGUGACUAACAACGUGCACUAUGAGAACUACAGGAGCCGGAAGCUGGCGGCCCUGACGUACAACGGGGUGGACAAUAACAAGAAAGGAUAA